AUGGCUACAAAUAAGACAGACCUGAGCGCCGAACAGAGAAGGCUGGUCCACCUGUAUUAUCGUGAAUUGCGAGAUUUUUCCACGGUUACAGGUGGCAAACUAGAUCGAUCGAGCUCUGCUCGAGCACAAAAGGCCAGAUCGAAACUGCUAAAGCUUUAUUCAUCUCAGUUUUUUGAGCUCAGCACGGAUGUGCACGAUGAGCUCCAACGGCGUAUAGACGAAAACCAGACGCAGCCUGACCACUUGUUACCAAAGGAUAACUUUCAUGUCAAAAGAAACCAGGCUCGCCAAAAAUUGGCCAAUUUGUCGGAGUCCCGCUUUAAUGACUUGGUUGACGAUAUAUUAUACGAGAUUCAAAGACGGGACUAUCACAAACUUCCAGAGCCUCAAACCCCAAUUUCACCCAAGGUUUCACCACUUAAAGACUCUUUCAGAUCAGAAGAAGGAGAGGAAGACGAUCCCAAUGUCUCCUCUCAAUCUGUAGUGCAUACUGACCCCCGUAAUUCAGAUUCUCGCGGCUCAGCAUUGGUGACCGACAACGACCAAAAUGUGGAUAAUUCAACGCCCAAAAAGUCGUCCUUCCAGAAUGACAGUACAACUUCCUCUAGCAUAGUACCAAGCACCUCCAUUCAACAGUCUCAAGUGAUCCCCAAAAAAGCUUCAAUCGAGUGGAGCUCUGAUGAAGAGGAGGACCACCAGGACGCUGAGAAACAAAACAGGUCGCCACUAAAGCCAAUUCACCCUGGCUCUUCUGAAGACAAGGAUGGUCGUCGCUUGUCGGAGGGACACGAGCUAGAGCACUACUCAGGCAGCCAUAACAACAUUACAGACUUUGCGAGCAGAUCGCAGCUUCUGCAAGACUCCGAUAAAUCUGAUUUUGAGAGUGAUUUACAGAGCUCUCCGCAUUUUGGGGCUGGCAAAAGUCAGAGACCAUUUCAUGCCCCUUCGGGUUCGAGUCAGAUGAGCUCACCAGAGCACACGAAAGGACAGCCAGGCGAAGACAUAUCUUUAGAGGAAACGGAGGGCCUAAGUCUAAUGAAAAGAAGUUCACAAUUACAUUCAACUCACUCAAACGAUAGCGAAGCUAACGAAGAAAGAUCAAGAGAUUCCGGAAAUCUUUCUGGAGCCGUAGCCAGGGACACAAUGGAGCACAGUGAAGUAGGAACUCCAAAGAGCAAGCAAGACCUUUCUCCAACCUUCGAUUCACCGCCUAAAGGCUCACACCUCAAAUUCGCCUCCGAGCCGAAUUCCAGCAAUGGCUUUAAAGAACCAAUUUCAUGGGAGAACGAUGAAGACCGCCCAAAUACCAUUGCAUCUGCAACAUCGAAUAACUCACCCUUCAAUACCCGUGAGCGCUCAGAAUCGGGUCAUGGUUCAAGGGGGCUUCAAGCCCAACCAAAGCACUUGGGCUCGAUAAAAAGGAUUUCUUUGGAAAACGAAAAUUCUCAAAGAGAGAUUCGGGUACUUAUCGCAGAAGGGACGAAAAUGGACGAGAAGAUCACCAAGCUGGAAAAGGAUAAUGCACAACUUUCGGCGGCUAAAAAGAAUUUGGAAAAUGAGUUGCAUUUGCAAGAAAAUCAAAGCUCGGCAUUGGAGGAACAGUUAGACGGGCUCACCAAGAAGUUGAGGGACGCUAAGAGGGAACUUGAAGAGCUCAAAACGGUGCAAAUUUCAGAAAACCACCAAAACAGCAGAUCGACUGACAGAACUCACCAUCAAGAGUUCCUGAACAUGACAAAUCAGGUCAACAACCUUUCAAUUGAGAACGAAAAGCUCAAACAAGAUCUCGCGGAGAUGGAAUUCAAGCUAAAAAAGAACAACUGCGAAGAUAAAUCUUCAAAUGCAAAAGGCAAUGCGACAUCUAAAGAGCUCUCAAAUGGGACGAACAGGUCAGAGGCUCUUGAAAAGAUUCAAAGCCUACCGAGAAAGUUUCUGUCUCCCGAGGGUUUGAUUCCUCCAGACCUUCUCACAUCGUUCAAUUCUAAGAUCGAAAACAUGUUCAGUCUUGUCAACGGCGAUCGGCAAGAUGCAGAUUUUGGGCAUCAGCUUUUCGAUGUUUUGUCUCACAUUGUGACCAGUGUACAAAAGUUGCUCGAGAUUGUUGAUAGUCGUGGUAGUCAGGAGCACAUUUUGAUUCUGAAAGGUGCACUUUCGCAUGCUAUCACAUCAGUUCGUUUCUUUGCUUCCUAUCAUGAGAUACUUCCUCUUGUGACGGUCAACAGUGCAGUAUCUGAUGUUGCUUUUGCUCUCUGCCAGAUAGUUGAAUCAGUAAAGGUCGCUAGUAAGCAAGGUGAGAAUUUAUCAUCUGAGAAAAGCCAAUACCAUAUUCCACAAACUCCCAACGCACAAAAUUGGCCGGUGUUUCAGGACACCAAGUUUCAGGAUCCCCGGGAGACAUUUCAAGGACUAUCAAACAAUCCGGGGAAUAUGUCUCCGGUUAAGCCACUAAAAAUUACACAGAAAGUGGUGCAAAACUCACCGCCCUCAAAAGGUCGACACACGAGCAGAAAACCUUCAAGCACAUUAUUUGGCUCUAUCGUGAACCCCAGCCCAACUGCUAACAACUCGCCCGAGUCCGUGCAGUUUCCUAAGAUUCGGUCUGGAUCACCAGCCAGAAAACAAGAGGGAAUGAGUUCUCCAAUAGCGGUUGAAAAAACGCACCAAAGCCAGAAGCCCUCGGCCGUUACUCCAGCGCCUGCUCGUGAGAUAGAUGCCGUAUUACCCCCAACAUCGCCUUCCCAUAUCGUCUCCAGUCAGGGAAAACAAGUGAUAAACUCUGAUGUACCCAUGAAGGAUCUCGAAAAUAGUUCAUCAACAAGUAUGGCAACGAACUUGGAGAGAUUUGAUGGAAAGAAUGCUGAAAAACUUCAAGCUGCAGUGGAAAAAGUUCAUGAAGCUUCUUCCGACGAGGAGUCAACCGAUGGGCAGGAGCGGAAUAACGAUGAUAGUAAUUUAACGAGUGAUGACGAUCUAACAUAUCAACUCAAACAAAAUCUGCUGAAGAACCAAAAGCCGAAGGAGGCUCUGGAUAAUGGAAAGACAAUCACGGGAGACAAUCAAUCAAAGGUCAGUCCACAACCUCCCAACCUUAUGGGACAGGACGCCAAAGGCUUAGAGGUACCCGCGAAGAGCGGUAAAGGUCGCGAAGUGAUCACUUCUUCCCAUUCCACCAAUAAGCUUUCAUUUGUGCCCAAUGCAGAAAACACCUCCACGACGGACUCUUCAAACCAGGGAAAACAAAUCGAAAUCAAGAAGACGGACGCCAAACAUAGUAUUGCAGACGACCGUCAAAUAGCAGAAGGGACACAACCCUCAAAGCCUCAAUUUUUUUCCGCGAAAGGGCCAGUAGGAGACGAUAACAAACAAGAACAUGGUGUGGCUAACUAUUUUUCAAAGCAGAACUCGGUGGCCUCAACUCGCGCUUCUCAGCAAAAUUUUGCCCAGCAAACUCCCGCUAAACAGGACACGGAUAUGCCGAAAGAGACGAGCCCGAGGGAGAGCCCAAAGAUGAACCUUAACGAAAGCCCAAAGAUAAGCGUGAAAGAGAGCUCAAACACGAACUUGAGGGAGAGCCCAAAGAUGAACCUCAACGAGAGCCCAAAGAUGAAUCUCAACGAGAGCCCAAAGAUGAACCUCAACGAGAGCCCAAAGAUAAGCGUGAAGGAGAGCUCAAGCACGAAAGUCAAGGAGAACCAAAACACAAAUGUGAAGGAGAACCAAAACACGAAUGUGAAGGAGAGCCCAAACACGAAUGUGAAGGAGAGCCCAAACACGAAUGUGAAGGAGAGCCUAAACACGAAUGUGAAGGAGAGCCUAAACACGAACGUGAAGGAGAGCCCAAGUAUGAAUCAGAGGGAGAGUCUAAAAGUAAACCUGAAGGAGAGCUUAAACACGAACUCGAACGAGAGGUCAGAGACGAACUUGAACGGGAGUCCAAAGACGUUCGCUGCAAGAUCUUCAUUCACGGACGAUAGACAUGAACUAAAGAGAGAGUUCACACCGCUCGACAACGAGCACACUAAAAUCAAACUAGAAGAUCGCGAUGACUGGAACACAACAGAAUCAAGAUCCAGAGAUCCCAAGGCUGCUAGUUCAAUGAGUGCCGAGGAAGUUAACGGGGGUGGCAGAGAUUCUGUAGACGAAGGAGACUUUGACAUUGAUGCUUUCGACAUUGAGAAUCCCGAUAACACUUUAUCAGAACUGUUGCUGUAUUUGGAGCAUCGCACUAUCGAAGUGAUCAGCACAAUUCAAUCGUUGUUAACAUCAAUUAAACAACCACAGGCGCUAAAAGGUGAACUUUGCAAAGAUUCGUCGGCUAUAAACCAAGUGAUAGCGCAGAUGGUGGAAGCUACCAAUGUUUCUAUGGCACAGUCCCGUAAUGCCGCGUUGAAAGAGCAUGGAAAUUGGGUCGUUCAGAGUUUGAAGGACUGUAAGAGGAGAAUGACAUCGUUGUGCCAUUUGAAUGAGGAUGGAACAAUCAGCUUUGAUGAAGGUGAUGACGAAUACGCAAGUAAGCAUUUCAAGCAGCGCUUAGCGGGCAUAGCGUUUGACGUGGCCAAAUGCACUAAAGAACUCGUCAAGACGGUUGAAGAAGCCAGUCUUAAGGAAGAGAUAGAGUAUCUUAACUCACAGCUAAAACGCUGA